ACCACGCCCACUUUUAAGCGCGCUUAAAAUAGAACUCGUGCGCUUAUCAAUUAGAGCCCCUCCCCCUUGUUUCCCCUUACAACUUGACUCCAUCUAAUGUAGAGAUGUUCAAGAAAGAAUAUCAGGUAGUAAGCCUUUUCUCACCCUCAACCUAACGGUUUUUCGGUGCUCACGUGAGCAGGGCGGCAGUCACGUGAUGGUGCUGAGUGCCCAGGGCAAAGACCCAACAGCACACUGCAGACAGACAGGCAGUGUCAGUCUCAGGUAUGACAAGGGUGUCCGUGGUUACGUUCAUGUGUUGGAGGGGGACAGUAUAACCACUAGGAUCCACUUGCCAGCCAGCGACAGAACCUCCCUGGGUCUCGAGCAGUCGUUCAUCAUACUGCAAGCAGCUGUCCAGAGAGAUGCUCGAUUUACAGUGGAGUUCGUUCUCCAGGACGGAAAGGGGGGAAGAAGGAGAAUAAAUUUCUCUUCGUCUUUAAAGGAACCUUCAAUAUCGACACUGAUUGCCAGGGUUCCCUUCGUUACCCAGGCAACUGGAGAGGACUAUGACUGGAGGCAGUAUGCCAGUCGAGAGGACACACCCCUUUCCCCAUCUUCACCACACACACUUCUUCACCUCCCCACCUAUCACCACGGCAACAGCACCACUCCUGAACCAGACACCAGCACUCUCUCCAUGAUUGACAAACCAGCUGCACAUUCUUUACUGGACACCUUGGAUACCAGAGGGAUGGGUGGAGCUCUGAGUCCUGAGCUGCAGGAUGAGCCGGUUUUGGCCGACCGGUCAAACCAGUCAAACGGGUCAGACGAGGAGCUGGAGCUCAUGUACGAUCCUCAACUUCGCUGUUUCUUUGACCCCCAGACCCACAAGUACUACGAACUCAUCCAGUGACAAUCAUUCAAAUCCCACAUAUUAUAAUAAUAAUUAUACUAACACCAUCAUAUUAUAUACUAAUCCUCACAUAACUAUUGUCUGCUCUUCCUCUCAACUUCUUACUGAAAGUAUGACCAAAAUUUUCUAACCCUCUACCAAGUGUCUCUCUCAUAUAUACACUGUAGCUUGUCAGCAAUAUAAUAUACAAUGAUUG